GUGAAAACAAGACAAGGCGGAGGCGUCAGUCAGUCAGUCAGUCAGUCAGCCAGUCGGUCCGGCCGCGCGAGGGACUGACUCGAGCCGCUCUGCCCCCGGCACGGACAACACAGCCCUCGCCCUCCUACCUCGCGGCGCGUACGGCCCUCCAUCGGCUCAAGAGCUGCAGUGCUGUGUUGCUGCUUCCCGCCUUCACGUUCGUCGGCACGGCGCGCCGCGUACUGCAGACGAUGCAGACCAUCACGGCGGUCAACCUCCUCGAGCCGUCCGAGUUCAUGCGGCUCUUCUGCAACGUGGUGGAGCACGCGCCCUCCAUCGCGUCCGUGGUGGCGCGGCGGCGGCCCCUCCGCGACGUGCAGCACCUCCUCGCCGAGCUCUACUCCGUCGUGGACGGCCUCAGCGACAGCGACAAGGUGGACAUCCUGCGGCGGCACCCCGACCUGGCGGGCUCCAUGGCCGAGCAGGGCCUGCUGACGGCCGAGUCCACGAUGGAGCAGCGCAGCGCCGGGCUAGACCAGCUCACGGAGCAGCAGAAGUACGACAUGAAGAGGAUGAACUCGGCGUACAAGGACAAGUUCGGCUUCCCCUUCGUGAUCUGCGCGCGCGAGAACAAGGCCACCGCCAUCCUGGAGGGGCUGACGCGGCGCCUCAUCAACACCCCGGACAAGGAACUCGCGACCGGCAUCGAGGAGGUCAAGAAGAUCGCCAGGCUGAGGGUGCUGGACCUGGUGGCGUGAUGGCCAGGGCGUCGCAGCAUUCCGUACUAUGGAUGCCGUCACUCGCCAACUUGGUUUUGCCGUUGGUGUGUGCUCAGAAAAAAAAAAGACUGUUAUUAGUGAACUGAUAUUUAUUGUUAUUGUAAUUUAUAAUUUGUUAAUUUGAUGGUAUCAUUAUGAAAUCAUGCUGAGCAAAUAAAUGAUCAAUCGUACACAA